UGGCCGAGUUCCGCUCAAAUGCCAAGCAAAAUAUCCAACAAGAGGUUUCAAACAUCUUCAGAAACGUUAAAAAGACAGCUAUGGAAACUAUGCUCAAGUAUCUGGUUCUGGCAAAGAUGGUUUACAUCGUGGCAACCUUUGUUCAGCCUGGCAAUACAUCAGAAGAUAUGGAACCUGAGACUAAAAGAAACGAAAAAAUUCUGUCUCUGUUCAGUAUUGUCAACUUCCCGAACCUAGAGUGUAAUAGUUUAAGCGCCAGCUUUGCUAUAGGAACAUGUUAUGCUACAAGUGAGUGCGAAAGCAAAGGAGGAACUACCAGUGGAUCCUGUGCAGCUGGAUUUGGUGUAUGCUGCUUGUUUUCAAAAUCUGCCUGCAGCAGUACUGUUACUAACAAUGUUUCCUAUAUUACUAACCCAGGAUUUCCUUCCACCUAUAAUACAGCAGGAACCUGCACAUAUACAAUAAACAAAGUUUCCUCUGACAUCUGUCAACUUCGCCUUGACUUCAUAACACUUGUUCAAGCAGUUUCAACUAUGCCCCAGGGAUGUUGCGGAUCAACAUUAUGUACAGCAGGAUUUCUAGCUGACUCCUUGACAGUACUAGGGAAAACUGGAAAGAAUCCCCCAGUUAUCUGUGGAACUAAUACAGGACAGCAUAUGUAUGUGGAGACAGGAGCUACUGAUGGUGAUACAGUCAGCUUGGCUUUUUCUGUUAUCGGAACUACGAAUAACCAAUGGAAUGUCAGAGUGUCACAGAUACCUUGCUCAGCUAGUUACAGAGCUCCGUCCCAGUGUGUGAAAUACUUUACAGGCACUAAAGGAACAGUGACAAGCUACGGAUUUGCAGGGAAUACCCAACUAACUAGCCAAAACUAUGAGUCCUGUGUUAGACAAGAAAAAGGUUACUGUGGAAUAGAAUGGGAUGAAAGCACUGUAACAUCUCCAUCAGAUGCCUUUGAUCUGACUGAUGCCUCAGCAACAAUAGCGGCAAACACUGCAGCUUGUAUUGAUUCCUACAUCUUAAUUCCUGAUGGUGUGGUUGAUACAGCCAUCGGACCCCAGAGGUAUUUCUGUGGAGAAUCCCUGGGGGUUAAUUUAGCCGUCAAUCCUAGUCCUGUAACAUCUACCAGAGUUCCCUUCUCCCUCACACAUUUUACAACAAUAGCAACUCAGAUAACACAAGCUGGUGCCAGCGGUGGAAUUGCUAACGGAUUCUCACUUGAUUAUACUCAACUUCCAUGCUAGUUCUUAUGUGCUAGACUGUUUUAAAUUAAAUUUAAAUUACAUUAUAUAUUAUGUAAUGUUGUAUUAUGUUCACAAAUUAUUUACGAUUGUUUAAGUAUUUACUGUUCAAGUAAUUUUGAUAUUUAUUGUGUUCACUGUCAAGUAUUCAAUUUAUUUUACAUUCAUGAUGAAAAUAUAUUUUUAA